CCUUCUCAUUCUUGCUGGUUCUUGGCUGCUGAAAUCUUCAGCUCUUGCUUAGCUUCAAGGCUAAACCUCUGACAGUUUUCGUCUCCCGCCAGAGCUGGACGAAACUGUUGUUUAGAAGGCUGGGUAUUGCUGUCUCGGUUGUCAGUAGUCCGUGUAAAUACUCCUCUUAGCCGCCAUGUUGGUCGACAACUUCAAGGUUGAGAGCCCGGAUGUUGUCUACGGUGAUGAGUUUAUCACCUCGAAAUAUAAAUAUCAAACCACCGAGCUAGACUGUGCCGUCAGGGAUGGGAAGUUCGACUGGACAGUUAAGCCAGUCAACAAACAGUAUGAGUUCAGGACGCAGACUAAGGUCCCGAAGCUAGGCGUUAUGCUUGUAGGAUGGGGAGGCAAUAACGGAUCCACCUUGACAGCUGGAGUUAUCGCCAACAGAGAAGGAAUCUCCUGGUUAACCAAGGAUGGUAUUCAGGUGGCCAACUACUUCGGUUCAGUCACCCAGGCGUCGACCUGCCGUGUCGGUUCUUUCAAGGGCGAAGAAGUCUACGUUCCUUUCAAGAGUCUUCUCCCCAUGGUUGAUCCUAAUGAAGUUGUCUUCGGCGGCUGGGACAUCUCAAGCAUGAACCUGGCUGACGCCAUGGCCAGGGCGAAGGUUCUAGACAUUGAUCUGCAGAAGCAGCUCUGGAGCCACAUGAAGGACAUGACACCCCUGCCUGGAAUCUACGACCCGGAUUUCAUCGCCGCGAAUCAGGAAGCUCGCGCUAACAAUGUCAUUAAGGGAACCAAGAAGGAGCAAAUGCAGCAGGUCAUUCAGGAUAUCAGGAAGUUCAAGGAGGCCAGCGGCGUGGACUCCGUCGUCGUUCUCUGGACCGCCAACACAGAGCGUUACAGUGACGUCAUCACCGGCCACAACGACACCAAAGAGAACCUCUUUAACGCGAUCGAGCGGAACGAGCGCGAGAUCUCCCCGUCCACGUUAUACGCAGCCGCGUGCAUCCACGAGAAGGUCCCGUUCAUCAACGGCAGCCCGCAGAACACGUUCGUCCCGGGGCUGAUCGAAUACGCGCUGGAGAAUAACAGCCUGAUUGGCGGAGACGACUUUAAGUCCGGGCAAACGAAGAUGAAGUCCGUCCUCGUGGAUUUCCUCGUCAGCGCGGGAAUUAAGCCCAUGUCGAUAGUGAGCUACAACCACCUGGGCAACAACGACGGCAUGAACCUGUCGGCGCCUCAGACGUUCCGGUCCAAGGAGAUCUCCAAGAGCAACGUGGUGGAUGACAUGGUGGCGUCCAAUGCCAUCAUCUACGACAAGGGCCAGCACCCCGACCAUGUCGUCGUCAUCAAGUAUGUGCCCUAUGUGGGGGACAGCAAGCGAGCGAUGGACGAGUACACGUCAGAGAUUUUCAUGGGCGGCAAGAACACCAUUGUCAUGCACAACACAUGCGAGGACUCGCUGCUCGCUGCUCCUCUCAUUCUUGACCUCGUGCUGCUGGCUGAGUUGUUCACGCGCAUUCAACUACGGAGAGAGGAAGAGGAGGACUUCCACUCGUUCCACCCUGUGGCGUCGCUGCUCAGCUACCUCUCCAAGGCGCCACUGGUCCCUGCCGGCACACCUGUCGUGAAUGCACUGGCCAAGCAACGAGGGAUGCUUGAGAAUGUUCUCCGCGCAUGUGUAGGUCUUGCACCGGAGAACAACAUGCUCCUAGAAUACAAGUAGAGAAUGCCCAUGACUCCUAGUACUCCUGUCUGCUCACCACUUGGUACGUUUGCAAACUGCAGAUACUGCAGAUGUUAUUUCAUGCCCUUCGUAUUGAUCAAAUGAGAGUUUGAGG